AUGAAUAAACAAGCUGUUGAAGAGAGAAGAAUUGUAAUUUCGAUUGGCGGGGGGCAUGCUACUGGUGUGGGAGCAAUCGCAGUGGAGCUACAAAACACUUUUAAGAACCUCUUUAAUUCUAUUAAUAUAAGAGUAAUAAACCUGGACAAAAUGAUAGAGGGAGAUGUCAAGAGCUACAAUAACGGCGACUAUGAUUUUGACAACAUUCUUAACCUAGUAUAUGAAAAGCAUGCUAUAACUUCGCAAAAUGACGUGAUACAGCAUGACUACGAGGACCCAAUAGAUUUAAUAAUAGUCUGUGGAUGCUAUGCUUUAUACGAUAAACGAAUCAAUGCAAUCUCCCAAUUGAAGGUAUUCUUGGAUAGUGAUGCGGAUAAAAGAUUAAUCAGUUUGAUCAAAAAAAAUAAAGUGGAUACCAAUGAGCAACUGGCUCAAUUGAUCACGGAGUACAUGGACCACCUGCGCCCGGAGAUGCAGCAAUACAUAGAACCAACCAGAGUCUUUGCAGAUCUGAUCAUUCCUUCCACAAAUGAAAACCUGGGCCGCGCUAUUCUUGUUGACGGUAUAGUGAAGACAAUCGAGGAGACGAGAAGCCAAAUGGGUGAAGCCAACAAUGCAAACAGCAAGGUACGUCCACGUUUAUGGGAUUUUGAAGCAGAGACAAUGGACUUAGAAAAGGAUAGAUACUACGAUCUGUCGUGA